GACAUUGCGUAUAAAAACAGUAGGAUGGGAAGUUGCCGCCGGUCAGUUGACAUCCGUCUGAGUAGAAGAACGCCAGGGGACAACACUAGUGCAACAAUGUGGAAACUCAGUUUAGUGGUCUUGUUAGCGGCUGGCGUUCUGUGCGAGGAGUAUAAAUUAGGUCCCAUUGAAUCUGCGAAACUUAAGGACGCGCUCCGCGGACAAUGUAAGAAAAAUGGAGCAGAGGACAAAGCUGACUCAGUUGAGGCUGCUGGCAAGAACUUCGUGGAUUGCGUUAAGAAUUUGAUCAAUAUUGAAACAAUCAAGAAGGAAAUCGAAGAGGCCAAACCCAAUGGAGCUCUUGACGAGGUUUUCGGGAAAUACUGUGCCAAAUCUCCCGAACUGAAGACAUGCAUCCACACCUUGAACAGCGCCGUGACUCCGUGCCUCGAGAGCUCCGUUCGCGACAAGAUGGGUGACAUCAACAAUGCUGCUGACCAACUCAUUGACUUCGUCUGCUACAAGGACGGUGAUAGGAUUGCUUUGUUCAUCGCAGAACAGGGCCCUGAAUGCUUCAGAGAUAAGUCUGAACAGAUCCGGGAAUGUGCCAACAAACUGAAGGAUGACGUCGGUUCCGUCGAGGCUGCCAAGAGUCUCACUCUCAAUCAACAAUGCAGUAAGUUCGACACAUUGACGUCGUGUAUUGUGAAGGCGUUGGAGACUUGUUCCACUCCGACCCCCGGGAACAUGGCCGAGUCCCUCUUCCGGUUCGUCCGCAAGGGGUCUCCGUGUAAAGACGUGAAAAACUAAGAUGCAGUACGCAGUACAAUAUUACAUAAGUAUGACAUUGUGCCAUUUGCCAUUGUACCUAUAUUUUGAAUAAAGUAUGUAUUUAAUAAAUAA